GAGAGAGAGAGAGAGAGAGAGAGAGAGAUGGGAAGAGCUCCUUGCUGUGACAAAGAUAAUGUGAAGAAGGGUCCAUGGUCGCCUGAAGAAGAUGCUAAGCUGAAGGCAUACAUAGAGCAAUAUGGCACUGGUGGAAACUGGAUUGCUCUUCCUCACAAGAUUGGUCUUAAAAGAUGUGGGAAGAGUUGCAGACUGAGAUGGUUGAAUUACUUAAGGCCCAACAUCAAACAUGGAGGCUUCUCCGAGGAAGAAGACAACAUCAUUUGUAGCCUCUACAUAAGUAUUGGGAGCAGGUGGUCGAUAAUCGCAGCCCAAUUGCCUGGAAGAACCGAUAAUGACAUUAAAAACUACUGGAACACCAGACUGAAGAAGAAGCUGCUUGGAAGGCGCAAAGAAUCACAAGCUCGCCACCUCUCCACCAUCAAUCAAGAAACCAAAGACGCAAAUGGGACCGAUGACAACAACACAUACACCCCAGCCUUAACCUCAUCAGCCCUUGAAAGAAUGCAACUCCACAUGCAGCUCCAAAGCCUCCAAAGCCCUUUGGCUUUCUACAACAACCCUGCACUCUGGCCUAAGUUCCAUGCACUCGGAGAAAAGAUCCUACAAACCCAAUUUUCCGACAUCAACACCACGCUGACCCAACAAGCUUCCAUUUCUCAAAUCGAACCUCUCCAGAUGGUGGGCCAGUUCCAUGAUAUAGCUCCACCUCUGAUCGAAUCUCCACAACCCAAUUCAAUGGCUAACAAUCAAAAUCAAGAUGAAUUAGAGAAUUCCUUAAAAGGGUUUUCUUUGCAAUCAAGUCCCAUCGCUUUUGGCAAUUGGUGCAACUCCACAGAUCAAUCUAUGUUCUUGAAACCCAACAGUCAGGAGCCGUCGAAUUCUGGCCUACAAUCCGAACUUCAUGACUUUGUUUAUAGGACCGUGCAGGAAGAGCAAGUUUACGGAUUUGAUUGUUUGAAAGAUAUGAUUGGAACUAAGGACAACAUGAUUUGGUGGGCCAAUGAGAUCGAAGCUAGUUCAUCGUCAAAUUCGUGGGACUCGGACUCUAUUCUUCGGCCUGAUGGGAUCUUUCAUGAUCAGUAUCAGAUGGCGUAUGAUCUAUGAUAACUGAUGUUGAUAUGGGGAGAAUGCAAUUGGUUUUUGGGAUUCUCUAUCUAUAAAGAGAAAAGUAUGAGAGAUUUAAGACUAAUAAUGUUGUAAAUUGUGUGAAUAACACUGUUAUAUUAUCAUAUGAUGUCUUACUAAAUCUAGUCAUG